GUUGCUUGUUUGAUUACUGACGGCCAAGAUGGCAGCCCCCAGUCGGUGUCGGAGGGGUCCGAAUGAAACAAAUGAAUUACGACGUUUCUGGUGAUCAUUGACCUCCUCAGUGGUUUCCGUCACGUGAUCCUGCCGGCGGCUCAUCCCGGACACAACUUGUCUGAAUGACGUUAUUAAUACCGUGCUUUUUCGUUUUGGAACUCUCUCAGCCGGGAAGGAACCUAACCGGGACCCCGAAACUGCCUUGCGGACCCGAGACAUGCAUGCGGACGGUACCCCCUGGAAAGAAUGGGACCCCGAGGCGAUGUUGUUCAGAAACAAAGAGUCCAAGAACGCGAUUGUGAUUCCCAACCAACCGCUGAGCGAAAACACCUGCGUCUUCCUCAAGAGGCAUUGGAACCAAGCCGUCUUGAAAAUGUGUGUUGACGGGGGUGCGGACAGUCUGCGCAAGGCCAUGGGGAGCCAGGCAGAACAGUUUCUCCCGGACUACCUCACAGGCGACUUUGACUCUGUCUCCAAGGAGACCAUGGAGUUCUACAAGUCAAGGGGCACCAAGGUGGUGCACACUCCAGACCAGGACAGGACGGACCUUACCAAGGCCCUCAUGGUGAUUGGAGAGCACUGCCAAGAACAUUCCCUCCAGGUGGACUAUGUGCUGGUCAUCUGUGGCAGCUUUGACCGCAUGGACCACAUGAUGGCUGACUUCAACACCCUCUUUGUGAGCAGGGGCUUCUUGGGCAGUGCCACGGCCUGCCUCAUGCUCGACAACUCCCUCACUUGGCUGCUCGACACGGGCCGGCAUCGCGUGCGUACGCCGCUCCACCUGGUGGGCUCUUGGUGUGGUCUCGUGCCUCUGGGUCAACCCAGUCAAAGCGUGACUACGACUGGACUCAAGUGGAACCUCGACAAGUCUGCAAUGAACUUCGGUGGCCUGAUCAGCACCUCCAAUAUGUUUGAUGGACUAGACACCGUCACCGUGGAAACAGAUGUGCCCCUCAUCUGGACUAUGGAGUGUUCGAGUGAAAGCAACAGUGCUUGAUGAGUGUAACUAAGCCGGAUGGGGACCACAGUUUUGUUCACAUUGUUUGGUGCAGUCUGCAGACUGUCUGGCCUGGGUGGUGUAGUGUAGCCAGAUGAUUUGUCACCUCAACUUUUGUUGCUACCGGUGUUGUCAUAGAAUGCUAUUUUUCAUAUUGGUGUCAAAAGGCACUCCGAUGGAGCUAUUGGUGACGAAAAACACAUGCAAUACCUUUAAUUUGUUUCUGGCCUGAUAGAGACCCAGCUGGGCUGCUUUUAAAGAAAUUACUUUUGGGAUAAGAGUUUCGGAGGUCCAUUUGCCGGGUGUCACAAUACACGUGUAAUAAAGGCCCAUUCUUUUGUAGUGAGGUGUUUUUGGUUCGCAGCUGACAACUCUGGUGAGCUGAAAGACAGCAAACGGCACAACUGAUGUUUAACCAGGAGAUGACUGAUUCCCAAAAGGCCAAUUUAGCCCCAAGUUAGGAUCAAGCUGCCUCGUGGACCUCAAGGCAAGGUGCUGGGCUACAGAUCCUCCCUUUUAGGAUCCGGCCAAGAUGCUUCCAGCAUAGGCUUUUUGCAGAGGAGGCAUCGCAUGGCUUGAAAUAUCAGAUGCAUGUUAUGGGAUCCCCAGGUGGUGCCGAGGACAAGUCCUCAAGCAAAGGACUUUAUCUUCAGUCCUUUGCUGGGACAUGCCAUACCGUAUUUACUCGAAUAAUAGCCGCACUGUCUAUAAAGAAAACCUGAGGGUUUGCUUUUCCGUGGAGCGUGCGGCUUGCCAAUCACCGCGAUCGGCAGCAUGAUUCCAGUGGUUUGCAGGACAGAGAUAACGUCUUCGCGUGAAGAUACCAUCUGUGAAGAUUGCAUUUGUAUGGAGAAUCAUGUUCUCGAUCUAGUUAUUCACAAUGUUAUUUACGGUAUGCGCAACGCAAUGAUUGGCUGUAUGUGUUCUGCGGGAAAGCAGACGGAAGGGCCUUGUUCAUAAAUAGUGCGGCUAUUACUCAAGUAAAUACGGUAUACCCUUUGUUAGUCUCAUCUAAAAACCAGUAAUUUCAUUUUUGGGUAUCUGGAAAAAGCUCCAAAUCAAAUUUCCACCGAAGAGCUAAGAGUAAACCUUGGAAAUUGCAUUUGAAGAAAAGGGCAUAUUUUUAACGUCCCCGACAGCACAAACAUUUCUUCUAGUUUUGGCACGCACUGCCUUUUGCUUUUGUUUGCGAGUCUUUGUUGCAUUAAAAAGUUUGCAUUA